AUGGACGACACGAUAAUAUUUCGUAUGAGCGCCUUUUCAGAACAAGGAGGGAGGAAAUACAUGGAGGAUGUUGUCGAUAUAAGGGUUGAGUACGAACCUACAACAACAUCGUCGGUUGAAGAAGACUCAAAAUCACAAUCUAACGAAGAGGACAGACACUUGAAUGACGAUGAAUCAAAGAAAGCCUUUGUGGCGGGCACGCAUGGACACGGGGAGCAUAUGGCCGAGAGCGGCCAGGCUUCUGCUGCUGCUAUGUGGGUCGAGAGUCUCCUGAAAGAGGACAGUGGUAAUAACAGCGCGCCGACACAGGAGCCAAUGACCUCACAUCAUGUAGUAAACACAAGGACAUCGGUAGCAUUUUUUGCCGUGUUCGAUGGCCACGGAGGCCGAGAAGCAGCACAGUUUGCAAGAGCAAACCUAUGGAGUCUACUAAAGCGACAACGAGGAUUUUGGUCUCAAGACCACAGUGAAGUCUGUGCUGCACUACGCAAAGCCUUCAUAGCUUGUCAUCACGCAAUGUGGAAAGAACUGCCUAAGUGGCCCAAAACUCUCACAGGUUUGCCCAGCACAUCAGGAACCACAGCCAGUGUUGUGGUGAUACGCGGACUUCACAUGUAUGUAGCCCACGUGGGGGAUUCUGCAGUUGUUGUUGGAGUGAAGGCAAAUGACUCUGAUAUUGCCCUGGAAGCCUUUGAACUGACACAAGAUCACAAACCAGAACUUCCAAAGGAAAAAGAAAGGAUUGAGAGACUGGGAGGCAGUGUCAUGAAGAAAUCUGGAGUGAACAGAGUUGUGUGGAAAAGACCCAGACUGACUCAUAAUGGCCCAGUGAGAAGAAGUACAGUAAUUGACCAGAUUCCCUUCCUGGCUGUAGCUCGCUCGUUGGGUGAUCUUUGGAGUUACGAUUUCUACAGUGGAGAAUUUGUGGUUUCGCCAGAGCCUGAUACAACUAUGAUGACACUAGAUCCAAAAAAGCAUCGCUAUAUAAUAAUUGGCAGUGAUGGCCUAUGGAACAUGAUGCCGCCCAAGAAUGCAGUGAAUAUGUGCUAUAGCCAUGACAAAAUGGUGGGACCAAAGGCUAUGUCUUGUGCAAGGCGCUUGGGCUGCACAGCACUUUUGUUUUGGAAAGAGCGUAUGCUUCGAGCCGACAACACAACUGUUAUCGUCUUGGCCCUUCACGAGCGUGGCGGCCUUCCGAUCCCCAUGCAUCGAGAUGAGAUUGUUGUGGACAUGGCCACAGGGAUUGAUCACGUCCCAUAUCCUGGGACAACUUACAACACGUGUGAGAUUCCAAAGGGCAAAGACAUUACCGUUCCAUCCAGCAUUUCUCUGGAGCAGACACUGGGUUUGUAUAAACCUUCUUUCCCUACCUCUACACAGGAUUUCCCUGACUGUGGAGAGAUGUCGCUCUCCUCAGAAGAUUUGCGUAAUGAAAAACAAGCAUUACCAAGCCAAAUAGAAUCCACAUCCUCUCCUCCGCUAAAGCGCUCACACCAUUCUUCACACAGUACCAGUGAUCUCAAUUCUCCCUGUUGCGCUGGUCCACCGUCUAAAAGUUUACGGGAAAAGACUUGCCACAAGGAACAGGGUGAAGAGUCUAAAGUAGAGGUAGAGGAAAGUUCGUCUGAAGAAUGCACUAUUCUGCCCCAGCACCACGAGCUGCCUUGUGUGCGUGCUGAAUGUUAA